GUGCUGAUGUUGUGGCGUGAUGCUGGGCGUCGCUCUGACUCUUUAAGUGAAGCUGAAGCUGAUCGGAGCUCAGUUUGCCGUGACUCUGAUCCACCGGCUGCUGGCUUCAGCUGUGACGCGUUUCCACCGUUAAACUCUGGAUUUCUUCUUUAUGUGGUGGAAAUUUUCAUUUGUUUCACUCUGUUCGUUUUUAUAAACAUGAGUUAGUUUUUCUGAUUAGUUUCUCCAAUUACUCACUUCUAUGGUUGUUUUACAAACUAAAAUUAGGAUGAAAUUAAACUCCUCUCAGGUUGCGUUUUUCACUCUGACUGCCUAUGUGGACUCUGGUUCGCUGAAAUAUUUCUGUUUCUUUGUCAUCCUGUUUCUGUAUGUCCUGAUUAUUGGCUCUAAUGUCCUGCUGAUCGUAUUGAUCAGUGUGAACCGGAGCUUGCAUGAACCCAUGUUCCUGUUCCUCUGCAGCCUGUUUGUGAAUGAACUGUUGGGCAGUUUGGGUUUGUUUCUCUUCCUGCUGGUCCAGAUCCUCUAUGAUGUUCACAUCAUUGCUGCUCCUCUCUGCUUUGUACAGAUUUUCAUAAUUUAUACUUAUGCAAGUGUAGAGUUUACGAACUUGGCCGUCAUGUCUUAUGACAGAUACGCAGCGAUCUGCUGUCCUCUGCAGUAUAACUCCUUCAUGACUUCACAGAGGGUAGUUUUUCUGGUGUUCAUCAUAUGGCUGCCUCCCUGUUUAGCGGUCGGGGGAACGACCUUCCUGAGCUCCUCUCUGCAGCUCUGUGGGAACGUCAUCAAUAAGGUUUACUGUAGCAACCACUCCAUCAUCAAGCUGGCCUGCAGCGACCCCACAGCCAACAACAUCUAUGAACUUAUCAUGACUUUCCUCACAGUCUGUGUUCCUGUUUCUGUGAUCCUCUACACCUACAUGAGGAUCCUUCAGGUGUGUUUCUCUGGGUCCAAACAGACCCGGCAGAAAGCCGUCAGUACCUGCACCCCCCACCUGGCUUCUAUAAUCAACUUCUCCUUCGGUGUUUCCUUUGAAAUAUUGCAGAGCAGAUUCAACAUGGACACUGUUCCCGGUUCCCUCAGAAUAUUUUUAUCUCUGUAUUUUCUGACGUGUCAGCCGGUUUUUAACCCGGUUCUGUACGGCCUGAAUAUGUCCAAAAUACGCAGCAUGUGUAAAAAGCUGGUUCUGAGCUCUGUGAGGAAAUGUUCACCAUGAAGAAGAAGGUUUUUAUUUUGGUUUUAUGGAAGAAUCAAUACUUAAUAAAAUUCAC